GGCCACCAUACAUGCGUGUAAAAGUGAAGUACGGCGUCCAGUGCUCGCAGUUUCACAGAUUAACAACACAUUUGAUUGGUUUAAAAUCCGCAUGCCCACUACUCUAAAAACUAACAGGGGUCAUUGUGAUUUGUGGAGUUGUUGAAGCGCGCUAUACAGUUGAGCGCCUCACCGGACAAUCCUCUAGAUUAGCGGUUGACGCAGAGGAUGGAUUUCGUAGAUAGCAACCUGAUACUGUAACGUACUGGUCGGUAUACAGGGACGGGAUGAUCUAGAAUGGACGAAUGAAAUGCUUUAAAUGUAACGUAUUUCGAUACUCUUCCUAUUAUCAAAUGAGUCCGUCGUUAUAAGGAUAGAAUGUGUGUAGUCCUAAUCUUUAAAUAGGCUAGAUGAGCUAUGACGGGAGAGCUAAAUAUGGACCAUUCCUGUUUUCGAUUCCAAAAUGAAGAGACCCAACGGAAUGGUGGCAGAUUUGGUGCGUUUACAACACGGUCUUGUGGGACGUUUGUGAUGGAGUCGUUUAACUUUCCCUCUAAAACAAGCAGAUGUAAGAAUGAGUGUAACGGUACUUCAAUGGUUGGAAGUAACGUCUAAACCUUUUGGCUAAAAUGAAUGUAUUGUCGGGUUCUGCUUGCUCACUAACACCAGAUAAUAAUCUCAGGUAUACACGCGUAGACUACAUUUAGCUGGCAUGCCAAGUGUGUGAAUAGGAGGAACUUUAAAAUAUCUAUCCCGCCAUUGUGCCCUUGGGUAGGGCACUUAACCUAUAACCUGCCCCAGGGCCGCUGUUCUGCCACUGACCGACCGGUGCCUCUCUCAACGUGUGUGUUUCUUCACCUAGGAGGAUUUGGAAAGGCAGAAGACAAAUGUACUUUUGAAGUUUCACCCAACAAUGGACUACACGAUGAUAUUCUACUCUGUUCUGUUGUCGUAGAACACCGCAGUUGAAAAUGAACGUGUUGAAAAUGAGGAAAGCCGUAUUAAAAGAAGCGGUUAAACGUUUCCCAUGGCUUGCCAACGUUACUCUGUAUGGCUGCCUGUUUGCCGGCGGCGACUUUGUUCAUCAGAUGAUCGCACAAAGAGAAGAGAUGGACUGGAAACACACCAGAAAUGUUGCCAUAGUGGCCAUCAGCUUCCAUGGAAACUUUAAUUAUUUCUGGUUACGGGCUUUGGAAAGCCGUUUCCCGGGAAGAUCUCCCGGAAUGCUCUUCCGCAAACUGCUCCUGGACCAAAGUUUUGCAUCACCCUUGGCAACGAGUGUCUUCUACACAGGAGUGAGUUUCUUGGAGAAUAAAGACGACGUCUUCGAGGACUGGAGAGAAAAGUUCCUCAACACGUACAAGACUGGACUCAUGUACUGGCCUUUCAUGCAGUUCCUAAACUUCAUCCUGAUGCCUCUGUACCUGAGGACAGUCUUCAUGGGCUGCUGUGCGUUCCUGUGGGCCACCUUCCUGUGUUUCUCCCGGCAGAGUGGGGACGGUACGGCCAGCGUGGCCCUCGCCUUCGUCCUGUAUCCCAAACAGAGGCUGCAGGCCGCCCGGGAGGCCCACCUCGCCCGCAAGAAACAGAAAGAAGAGGAGGAACAGCAGCAGAGCACUGGCAACUAAAUGAAUUGGUUCAGUGAGAUUCGAUUCAAUUCAGGGAACAGGAAACAGAAGAGGACCUGAGCACUGAGAACUGAACUGAAUUGGUUCAAUGAGAUUCGAUUCAAUUCAGGAAACAGAAAACAGAAGAGGACCUGAGCACUGAGAACUGAACUGAAUUGGUUCAAUGAGAUUAAAUUCAAUUCAGGAAACAGAAAACAGAAGAGGACCUGAGCACUGAGAACUGAACUGAAUUGGUUCAAUGAGAUUCGAUUCAAUUCAGGGAACAGGAAACAGAAGAGGACCUGAGCACUGAGAACUGAACUGCUAAAAUGUUAUUUCAAAUGAAUUUCAACAAAACGUUGUUAUAGCUCCCUGUCUUCAAGGGCAACAAGACAAGGAACAAGGGCAUGGUUAGAGGGUGAGACCACAACGUCAUCAUGUGAGGCCAGGGCAGGCUCUCACACCUUACAAAAAAAACACAUAGUGAAAACUGAAUCAGUUGGAUUGAAUAUAACUUUAUUGAUGUUCCUCAGGGAGAGCAGGUGUUAGAUGUUGUGAUUUGUAGAGAGAGGAGGUGUUAGAUGUUGUGAUUUGUAGAGAGAGGAGGUGUUAGAUGUUGUGAUUUGCAGGGAUGUUCCUCAGGGAGAGGAGGUGUUAGAUGUUGUGAUUUGCAGGGAGAGGAGGUGUUAUAUGUUGUGAUUUGCAGGGAGAGGAGGUGUUAGAUGUUGUGAUUUGCAGGGAGAGGAGGUGUUAGAUGUUGUGAUUUGCAGGGAGAGGAGGUGUUAGAUGUUGUGAUUUGCAGGGAUGUUCCUCGGGGAGAGGAGGUGUUAGAUGUUGUGAUUUGCAGGGAGAGGAGGUGUUAGAUGUUGUGAUUUGCAGAGAGGUUCUUCAGGGUGUGUAUUUGAUGUUCAUGUAUAUAUGUAAAAUGUGUUUAUUCUAUGCUCUCAAUUUCUAUGUCCCAUCGGUUGUGCCUUCUGUUGGUAACAAGAGCCCUUCAUGUUCUGCUCUAGAUUUAGUUAGUUCUUACUCAGAGAAACUCUGUGUGUGUGUGUGUGUGUGUGUAUUUAUACAUUACCAGUCAAAAGUCUGGACACACCUAUUCAUUCAAGGGUUUUUAUUUUUUACUAUUUUCUACAUUGUAGAAUAAUAAUGUAGACAUCAAAACUAUGAAAUAACACAUAUGGAAUCAUGUUGUAACCAAAAAAAGUGUUAAAGAAAUCUAAAUAUAUUUUAGAUUCUUCAAAGUAACUACCCUUUGCCUUGAUGACAGCUUUGCACACUCUUGACAUUCUCUCAACCAGCUUCACCUGGAAUGCUUUUCCAACUCAUCCCAAACCACCUCAAUUGGGUUGAGAUUGGAUGAUUGUGGAGGCCAGGUCAUCUGGUGCAGCACUCCAUCACGCUCCUUCUUGGUCGAAUAGCCCUUACACAGCCUGGAGGUGUGUUGGGUCAUUGUCCUGUUGAAAAACAAAAUUAUAGUCCCACUAAGCGCAAACCAGAUGGGAUGGCGUAUCGCUGCAGAAUGCUGUGGUAGUGUGCCUUUAAAUCACUGUCAUUUAUCUUUGCUUAUUUGAGCUGUUCUUGCCAUAAUAUGGUCUUUUACCAAAAAGGGCUAUCUUCUGUAUACCACCCCUACCAUGUCACAACACAACUGAUUGGCUCAAACGCAUUAAGAAGGAAAGAAAUUCCCCAAAUUAACUUUUGACAAGGCACACCUGUUAAUUGAAAUGCAUUCCAGGUGACUACCUCAUGAAGCUGGUUGAGAGAAUGCCAAAUGUGUUCAAAGCUGUCAACAAGGCAACGGGUGGCAACUUUGAAGAAUCUGUUUAAUUUGUUUAACACAACAUUGGUUACUACAUGACUCCAUAUGUGUUAUUUCAUCGUUUUUAUGUCUUCACUAUUAUUCUACAAUGUAAAAAAAAAUGUAUAAAUUAAAUCCGUAGAAUGAGUAGGUGUGUCCCAACUGUUGACUGGUACUGUGUUGUAGAACUCAUCUCCAGAUUGACCAUCGAAGGAUAAAGUGCUACCCUGUCCGGUUACUUGAAUUGUCGAUUUAUUUAUUUUAACCUACCAGGUUGCCAUCGACCCGGUUACCUUAUAACGUACACAUAUCCAUGAACAAGAGGUAUACAUACCAUUAGGGCUGCAAAAUAUCCCAAAUUCAAAGGUUUUCCAGAAAUACCUAUUGGAGGAUUCCCAGAUUUCCUCCUUAUUCCUUGCCAAUUCCAGUUUUUAGUUUUUCCAACCCUGGGAGUCUGGGAAAUGUUCAGGAAUUUCGCAUCCCAUCAAGGUAGUGAAGAUCUGCAACAUUCUUUACUUAAGUCAAACCUUACUGUGGAAUUUUCCCCAAAUUCCCAGGUUUUCCACAAAUCCCGGUUGAAAUAUUCCUUGAAUCUGAAGGGUAUAAGAAAGAAAUCCGGGGAUACUCGGAUUUACUCAGUUCCACCCUACUGUAUAAUCUACAUAAGAGGUGUUAAUAUUACACAUAUUGGACUCAACAUUUGUGGCCUGUGUUUACUGUUACAUAGAACAGUUGUGUCAUGGCAUUACAUUGAAUUAAUAGAUAGAGAAAUAAAAAUCCAAGCUCAAGUCAUACCUCCUUUUCUUCGCCUCUUCAAGUAGAAGUGAUCACGUUAGUAGAGAUACUUACUGUACAGACAGAGGUAUAUUAGCCUCAAACCUCACAGGCUAAGAUCAGGAUUCAAAUGAUCAUGCUUUGUCAGCUACGCGCCAUUUCAAAUACAUUUCUCAAUGAGCUGACGUACGUAGCGUUGACCAGCAUCUUGUUACUAAACAAAAAAAAGAAAUAAACAUCCUCUCACUGUC